CUUUUCACUUCUUGUCCUUGAAUCCAUGUAGAUAUUAGAAGAACAACAGUUGAUUAGAAAAAAGCACUGAGUUAAAUUCUGUGGACUUUAGAUGGUCUUAUUUAAUUAUUUUGUUUAGAUUUCAUCUCCGAGGUUUCUAGUUUGCAACUGGGUUAACAAAGUAUUGAAAGAGUGGUUGGAAGCUGGGGGAGGGAAUGGUUUUGGUGGCUUGGUGCGGUGCCACUUCCGUGGUGGGAGGAGGAUACAACUGAGCCAGGCUCUUCUCCUUCCCUUUGUUUAUUCUUAAAAGCUCUUUUGCAAGCCGUCAACACCUACCUCUCUCUGCUUUGAAGAACUGCACCGAGAAACAAACAAAGUCUCUUUCGGGGAGUGGAAAGUGGGAAUCUCGAGGACACGAAGGGAUGUCUCUCAUUUAAGAUAAUCGAUCGAGCUCUCUAUGGGGAGAGCGAUCGCUUGUCAUCUAGACAUGGAUCCUUUGAACGAUAGGCUUCUGGGCUCCGACACCUUCUUGAUGUCCGAAGGGCGAGUAACGUCCCCUCUUCUCGUCUUCUUCAAAGAUGCAAGACAAGUCUUCAAAUUGGAUGAGCUAGGAUUGGAGAUUGCACGAAUCGCUUUCCCUGCUGCAUUGGCAUUGACAGCCGAUCCGAUCGCCUCUCUGGUUGACACGGCAUUCAUCGGCCAGAUUGGUCCAGUGGAGCUUGCCGCUGUAGGUGUCUCCAUUGCAGUAUUUAAUCAAGUCUCCAGGAUUGCUAUCUUUCCUCUUGUUAGUGUAACUACAUCUUUUGUUGCUGAGGAGGAUGCAGCUUGCAAAAUGGCCAAUGACGAACCUGAACGUGAAGCAUUUGAAGGGCCUUUUUCUGUAAAUAAUGAAAUGAAAGAAUUGAUUCCUCAAAUUGAUCCUGAUGGGAAUGCUUACAGCUCAUCUUCCUUCUCUGAUAAAUCUACAUUUCCUGUCAAACUUGAGAGUGAACGGAAACAUAUGCCAUCAGUGUCUUCAGCAUUAGUAAUUGGUGGGGUACUUGGCCUUCUCCAAGCUCUCAUUCUCGUUCUUGGAGCAAUACCCAUCUUGAAUUUUAUGGGUGUAAAACCUGAUUCCCCUAUGUUGACCCCAGCAUGUCAAUACUUGACAUUGAGGUCUCUGGGUGCUCCUGCCGUUCUUUUAUCUUUGGCCAUGCAAGGGGUCUAUCGAGGAUUCAAGGAUACAAGAACUCCUUUAUAUGCAACUGUGGCUGGAGAUGCGACCAACAUUAUCUUGGAUCCCAUAUUUAUGUUUGUUUUCCAGUUAGGUGUCAGUGGGGCAGCCAUUGCUCAUGUUAUUUCUCAAUACUUGAUUUCAUUAAUACUUUUGUGGAGAUUAUUGAGGAAAGUUGAUGUUUUACCUCCUAGUUUCAAAGAUCUGCAGUUUAGCCGCUUCCUGAAAAAUGGUUCUCUAUUACUUGCAAGGGUAAUUGCUGUCACAUUCUGUGUGACACUGUCAGCAUCAAUGGCUGCAAGACAGGGAUCAAUCCCUAUGGCUGCAUUCCAGAUCUGCCUUCAGAUUUGGUUGGCGACAUCUCUUCUUGCUGAUGGAUUGGCUGUUGCUGGACAGGCAAUACUUGCAAGUGCAUUUGCUAGAAGGGAUCACUCCAAAGCAAGAGCUGCUGCAUCCCGUGUUUUGCAGUGGGGAAUGAUUCUAGGUCUGGUCCUAUGCGCCAUACUUGGAAUUGGCUUGCAGUUUGCAUCAAGAUUAUUUACCAAGGAUGCCAAUGUUCUGCAACUCAUGCACAUAGGAAUCCCGUUUGUGGCGCUUACUCAACCAAUUAAUGCUUUGGCCUUUGUUUUUGAUGGCAUCAAUUUUGGAGCAUCGGAUUUUGCAUAUUCUGCAUAUUCUAUGGUCCUGGUGGCCAUUGUCAGCAUCCUAUGCUUGGUUGUCCUCUCGUCUAGUCAUGGUUUUGUUGGAAUCUGGGUAGCUCUAGCAAUCUACAUGAGUCUACGAACGGUUGCUGGCUUUUGGAGGAUAGGGACAGCUAGAGGGCCGUGGACAUUUCUCCGGAGUGUUUAAAGCUUUACAUUUGGGAUUCCUUUUUGUUUUGCCAACUCAAUUAUUAAAGGUUCUUGUCUGAAAGCUAGCCCGAGCACAAAAUGAGAGCAUUAUGUCUUUUGGUCAGAGGCACCAGCAGUUUCUGUGAUGGUAAUAAUCCUUCAUACAGGCUAUAGAACUCUAGACACUCUGAUGCCACAAUAUUCAUGUAAUCAAGCUGUUGCAAAUGGCUAAAAUAUCUUGGCGCAUAAAGAUAAUAAUCGGUCUUCCAAAAAGCUUUUUAUGUUGAGAAAUAGAUGCAUGUGCACGACAAAGUUAUGCAGGGUCCUUAUAAGACCAUUUGGAGGAACAUUGGCCCCAUUUCCUUCCCCUUUAGGUGUAAAAUCACCCGUUAUCUGUAUUUGUGAUUUAUAAAGCUUAUAAAAUCACCCCUUUAGGUCCUUAUUUCAGCAGUCAUGUUUUACAACAAGAAAUGGGAGAAGUAUUACGAUAUGUUUAUAGAUUUUUACAAUGGGUAAUCAUCAAUGAAUGAUCAAAAAGUUCUGUUGUGUACGCUUAAAA